CCGGCCGGGGACUGGGUCCGGGAUGGCGUCGGACUCGGGGAGUCGUGGGACCCUCUGCACGCUGGAGUUCGCUGUGCAGAUGACCUGUCAGAGCUGUGUGGACGCAGUGCGCAAGUCCCUGCAAGGGGUGGCAGGCAUCCAGGAUGUGGAGGUACACUUGGAGAACCAGAUGGUCUUGGUGCAGACCACCCUGCCCAGCCAGAAGGUGCAGGCCCUUCUGGAAGGCACGGGGCGGCAGGCAGUACUCAAGGGCAUGGGCGGCAGCCAGUUGCAGAAUCUGGGGGCAGCAGUGGCCAUUCUAGGGGGGCCUGGCAUCGUGCAGGGGGUGGUACGCUUCCUACAGCUAACCCCUGAGCGCUGCCUCAUCGAAGGAACUAUUGAUGGCCUGGAGCCUGGGUUGCAUGGACUCCAUGUUCAUCAAUAUGGGGACCUCACAAAGAACUGCAACAGCUGUGGGGACCACUUUAACCCUGAUGGAACGUCUCAUGGGAGCCCCCAGGACUCUGAACGGCAUCGUGGAGACCUGGGCAAUGUCCACGCUGAUGCUGAUGGCCGUGCCAUCUUCAGGAUGGAGGAUGAGCAACUGAAGGUGUGGGACGUGAUUGGCCGCAGCCUGGUUGUCGAUGAGAGAGAAGAUGACCUGGGCCGGGGCGGCCAUCCUUUAUCCAAGAUCACAGGGAACUCCGGGGAGAGGUUGGCCUGUGGCAUCAUCGCACGCUCCGCUGGCCUCUUCCAGAACCCCAAGCAGAUCUGCUCCUGCGAUGGCCUCACGAUCUGGGAGGAACGAGGCCGGCCUAUCGCUGGUGAGGGCCGAAAGGGGCCAGCCCAGCCCCCUGCCCACCUUUAAGCAGGACCUCGUCUCACCUCUGUUGCUGUCCUCUCAGCCAAGCAUCUUCUCCUUCAAAGGGGCAGAGGGGACCUUGCUUGCCCAUUCCUAGGAGAACUUUGUACAGAGUAGGAGUCACUGUGAUGUUCUCUUGGCACAUUAAAGUUUUAUUUUCAUAUG